AAUAACUGCCGUACCGACUGUGACCAAUCAAAAUACAGACGGAACAAACUGCCUGUAAACGAAUCAUCCGCGGUACCAAUGGCACCAGGAGAGAUGAACUGCCUAGCGCCGCUCGCCAUGGUCACGACUAUUCUCUACUUGCUCGUACAGCCAUCGAGCGCUAGUUCCCCAGAAUGCCGUUGGCCUGAUAAAAAAGGAGAGUUUAUUGACAAUGAAAUACUCAAAGUCUUUGAUAACCUGCAGCCAAAGGAACAGCAUCAGGAUGAUUGUCUUUUUGAAAUUCCCGAUAGUGACUUUAUCCACAACAGGUCUCGGGGGGAAGCGGCAGCCAUAGUAUUCGCAGUCUACAAUGAAACCCUGAGCUUUUAUAAGAAGAAGGGGCCUAGGAAGCUGCUGAAGCUUCUGCUACGGAGACUAAAGCAGCUGGGUCGGUGUGUUACAGGCACUGCGCAAUAUAAGGCUGUUACAGACGCCAUUUGUAAGGAAUACAGAGAACUAAGGCAGAAAGCCCGGGAGUGGGGUAACACUACGUGUGCCCGGAGUAUCUUUUGGGCUUUGGGGAAUAAAUUACAGCAGGCCGUUCAGCUCUCUUCUCUUAUGAGGAAAAUGUAUCUCAUGAGUAAAACCUCUUAGCGUUCCUAUGUCUAUUAAUUAAUAAAUAAAUCAAAUGAAACUCUCA